UAGUGCAACGCUUGGGCGACACGCAAGAACCCCAGUAGCAAGCUACUGUAGUGAGCCCUCAUCCUAAAAAAAUUAAUUUAAUAUCAUAUAUACCGUUGGUUCACGUAUCAGAUAUUAAACUGAUAAUAACAGAUACUACACUUGAUAUUAACCAAAAGGCCGAUAAAGGUAUGCUUAUGUCAAUAUUGGGCAUUCGUUUUUAUACGCAGCUUCGUUCUUCUACUUUUGUCCGUGGUCGAUGUGGGUUUCUAAUGCACUAUUUCGAAGUACUCUUUCUGUCCACGUACUUCAACCCAAGUACACCUAGCAGCUCCCGUAAAGCAUUCAUAGAAAAGCAAAUGGAUUAAGCUAAUAAGAUUAAAAAAAUAGAAAAAAUUAGUGAAAGUACAUAACUCAAAACUACAGCUCUUGGGAAAUAUCCGUUAAUGGAUGUUUGAGAUGAUGGCUUUGAGCUUCUUCUGCAAUGCUUCAAUUUCUCCUCACCACCAACACCAAGCCAAAGUGAAGGUUACAAGCAGCAAAGGCCUUGAAGAAGUGAAGAAUCUCAUAAGAACUGUUGGGAUUCCAUCAAAAACCUCAUCUCCAGCAAAAUCUCUUGAAAAUGGCAAAUGGGUCAAGCUCAUCUGCGGUGCAAGCUUCGAGGAUGUGGUUGAUAUCAGGAACCGUUCUCUAGUUUACACUCUUGCAGGAGUUGAUUGCAUAGACUGCGCAGCGGAUGUGUCAGUGGUGAGUGCAGUGAACGAGGGGAUUGAUGCAGCAGUUGGCAUUUUUAGUGGAAUCACUACACGGCGUCGUUUGUAUCAAGGAUUAUCCAGAGCAUCUCCUUCAGGCACUUAAGAGAGGCCGUUUCUUUGGUUGGGAAACUGUCAGUGUCAAAUGUUCCAAUAAAUACUUCGGUAAUAGGCUACGUUUGGCUUCUUGGUUAGG